AUGAAGGACAGCUACUACUGUGAAUGUUGCAUCUGUUGCUUGUCUGAAAAAAAGAGGUACGCCCUCGCCAAAAAUAAGGAAAUCAACCUCAUCUAUUUGGAGCAGAAAAGAAGAGAACAGACAGAAUUCAAAUUCCUUCUAUUAGGCACGGCAGAAAGCGGAAAGACAACAUUUAUGAAGCAGAUGAAGAUCCUUCAUGGAAGCGGAUACUCAGAAGACGAGAGGCGUAGCUACACUAAACUGGUUUUUCAGAAUGUAUUCCAAGCUAUGAGUGCAAUGACAGAUAACAUGAAGAUGCUAAAGAUCCCCUACUCCAACCCACAGAACGAGAUUUAUGCCCAGUGGUUCCAGGAUCUGGACAUACAUCAGAUAACACAGCUGCAGAGAAGUUAUGUAGAGGCUAUUCAUCAUCUAUGGGCAGACAAAGGCUUUAAGAUUUGUUACAGACGGCGCAGAGAGUAUCAGCUACUAGACUCCACUAAAUAUUUUAUUGAUGACUUGGACCGCAUCGCAGCUGAAGGCUACAUCCCAACACCUCAAGAUGUUCUUCAAGUCCGGUUCCCCACUACCGGCAUCAGUGAUCAUUGCUUUACUUUGGACAAGAUGACUCUCAGGUUUGUAGAUGUCGGGGGUCAAAGAGGACUGAGAAGGAAGUGGAUCCAUUACUUUGACAAUGUGACAUCUCUCAUAUUCUUAGCCUCCCUCAGCGAGUACGACCGAUCUCUAAAGGAGAAUAACAAGGAGAACCGUAUGGAAGAGAGUUUGUCGCUGUUCUACAAUACCAUCCAUUCACGGUGGUUUGCUAAUUCCUUCAUCAUCCUAUUCCUGAACAAAAUGGACAUCCUGGCUGAGAAGAUUCAGUUCUCAGAUCUAAAAACAUACUUUCCUGAAUUUGAAGGCAAACGUCAGGACGUAGGAGAUGCCUUGCGGUUCAUUGCACGGUUAUAUAAACAGAAAGCUGUUAGCAACAUGUCAAAGAACUACAGAAUGAUUUACUCUCACUUCAUCUGUGCCACAGACACCAAAAACAUCCGGAGAGUCUUAAAUGAUGUGAAAUACACUAUCCUUGUUAGGGACUUAGGCACCUAUUGUAUGUUCUAAUGAGCCCCAGACGCACCUUCAUGACACUCGGCAUCAGACUAUAAUAUUGCUCUCAAUGCUUA